AUGAACUCCGGUGCGGGUAUGGACACGAGCGGGCCCCAGGGUCUUGAUUGGCCAGCGGGAUGGGAAUGGGAGCUUUUCACCGUGGUGGACGCCGGGAACGGCGAAGUUGCCUUCCACAAUCCCAAGUGGAAUCGCUUUGUGUGGAUGGAAGGACACACGUGCGUGGCCACCAACACCGCGCCGGCCCAGGCAUUCAACCGGGACUGGGCCAAGGCACGAUUCAUGGAGGUCACUGCUCCGGACAACACCAUCGGGCUGUACAACAAAGCCGAGGGUCGCUACUUGAGGCUGCACAACACUUUCAUGGACGCCAGCGUUCCGGCUUCGAGCGAGUUUCCGGCUGGCUUCACUUACGAGCGAUUCCAGAUCGUUCCGACGGGUCACUACGGAGGCAUCAAGCCCGGCAUGGUGGUAGCCCUCUACAACACCCACUGGAGAAGGUUCAUCCGCAUGCACGGGACCUUCAUGGACGCCAGUCCGGAGCAUCCACACCACUUGGCCAAUAAGGCCGGCUACCCUGCGGACUGGACUUGGGAGCAAUUCACGGUG